GUAUGGGAACAACUACGGUGGAUAUGGCUACAAUAAUGGAAAUUGGCGGGGGAGUGGGAAUCCAAACCGGACAUUUUUUACGAAGGAGCAAGCGGAAUUUCUGGAGAAAUUGAAAUUCAAGGAAGUCGUGCAAGAAGCAGCGAAGCAGCAGACGGAGGUGAAGCCCACACCGGCAAGAAGAAGACAGAGGAUAAAGAAGAGGAGAUGAAGAAGUGGGUUAUAGAGACAUUCGGCGAUUCGUUGAAGUUCCUCACCGAAAAACUAGAUGAAGUGGAUAAGAAGUCCAAGCUUGUCGAGGACGAGAAGGAGGAACUUAAGCGCCUCCGUGCCGAAAAGGAGCUACUGGAGCUGAAGGACGACUCAAGCAGCGAGAAGAGGAAAAGGCAUCCCUCGACUCCAUCCAUCUCUCCUAGAAUGGACCGGAUCCACGUGAAGUCUUCGGCCAAGACCAAGAAAGCGCCAACCAAGAGGGUUUUCAUCCCGUCAGAUGAGGAUGACGAUGAUGGGGCAGAACUCGUACGGAAAGGGAGGGGGAAUCUGACGAGGAAAUUUGAUGAGGUUAAAGGGAAGGGCAAGGAGAAGGCCGCUGGGGAUAUGACGGAAAUAAAGGACCUCCUGAAACAACUAGUGACGAACUUGGGACAUACGAGGAUGGCCGCGAACACCGGAGUGUCAGAAAAGGAGAAGACGGGACACAAAGAGAAAGGCGAGUGCAGUACGAAGAAUGGAGACCACGACAGGUGUGAUCAUGCGGAGGACAGAGAUGAGCUGGGUUUGACAGGGUACAUGAAGAAUCGGGUGGAGAGCUAUAGUUCCAUGUAUUACACACACAUUAUGGCACUAUGCAAGGAACAGAAUAUAGAAUACACGAGGAAAGGAUUGAGUGUUAUGGAACUUACCCGCCUGGACGUGGAAGAGUAUAUGAGAUGCUUGAGAGAGAUGGAGGAGAACGGUGCAAAGGUUGCGGUCCCCAAUGAGAGUGCGGUCUCCAAUGGUAGAGACCAAGAUAUCCAGGGAAACUAGAGAAUUGGUCCCUGAGAGCUCUUCUCCGAUGUUUUUCACGCAUUCAAAGACUUUCUGAUGAGAGGAUCAUCGACGAGCAGUUUGCUGAUCAAAUUUGAAGACUAACUGUACUUUACUGUAGUCUUACCGGAAAAAUCAAAUAGGGCUUACCGU